AUGCUGCAGAGCCCCGCGUGCCCCCGGCCCGGCCCGCCGCCCCCCAAGACCCCGUUCCACAUCGAAGCGCUGCUGGCCCGGGAGCCGCCGCGCCGCGGCCCCGCCACCUCCGGGAGCCCCGGGCUGGGGGCCCCGCGCUGGCCCCCGGCUGGAACCGCACCCGCACCCGCAGUGCCCCCGGCUGUGCCCCCGGCUGCGGGGCUGGGACCCCUGCCCGGAGCCUGGGGCUGGGGAUGGGGCUGGCCCGGCGCAGGUCUGGAGCUGUCUCACUGUGUUGGGACCAACUCGCUGGGUCCUGCUGGGCCUUGGAGGUCGGGGGGGCCCUGCAAGAUGAAGAGAGUCCGCACAGUGUUCAAACCAGAGCAGCUGGAGCGGCUGGAGCAGGAGUUCCUCAAGCAGCAGUACAUGGUGGGCACGGAGAGGGUGGACCUGGCUGCAACCCUGCACCUCACAGAGACCCAGGUGAAAGUGUGGUUCCAGAACCGGAGGAUCAAGUGGAGGAAGCAGAGCAUGGAGCAGAAGGCAGCCAAGCUGUCGCAGUUCGGGGUGAUCCAGCCUGCGAGUGCUGACUCCACGGACAGCAAGGAGCACCAGGAGGACACCGUGGACGUGGAGCUUUGA